UUGUUGAUCCACGCAACACUGACGAGAGAACCACAGCCAACAGCCAACGACCAAUCGAGAAGAGGGAGGAAGGAAACCUCCACAAUCCUCAAGGGGUUGACCUCUGGAGCUGGGCUUCAGCACAUCCUUACGUUCCUGGAAAACUAAUGAGCUUGCUACCCUGUGCCUCUGAAGUCUAACCUGCUGCCUAAAGAUGAUGUUAUCUGUUCGAUCUUUGUCACGAAUGGGUGGCUGCUGGAUGCUACUGCAUGUAUUGUUCUCAAGGGGUGUCUCGUCGUUGUCCCCGUCAUCACAGAUCUCUUGUUCCACCAGAAUAAAGAGCCAUGCACGGUCGCAGUGCUUGCUACAAUCGAAUAAUAAUAGUGACCAAGAUCAUUCAUCAUCAGAAACAACGUAUUCUUUGGAAGUUUCGUAUGAAGGACGAAGUUACAAGACAUCCAUUCAACAGGGAGAAUCCAUUUUGGCUGCAUUGGAACGAACCGGCGUCGCCGAUCAACUGGCCAUGCCCUCCAUGCCAUCCGAUUGCCGAAGAGGAAAUUGCCUCACUUGCGUCGGUCAGCACGAUAACGAAUCCAAUACGUCCAGUCUCCAGCGAGGCGAAGAUGGAUUGUCGCCCUACAUGUCCACGCAAGCACAACAGCGAGGAUACAUCUUGACGUGCUCGAGUUUUGUGGUCGGCAAUGGUGUCAAACUACAGCUGGGGGCCAAUACGCAAGCAUGGGAGGAAUUGUACAGUGGACAGUUGGAAGAAGAAGAGUCAAAAGAAGUAGGACGAGCGGCCAUGGCCAAGGUCAUUCGACUAAAUGCCGAACGAAAUGUCGAAGAAUGGGCGCGAGAAACCGAGGAAACACUGCGAAAGACAGAGCAAUAAUAUUAGAAUGGAGAGUAAAGAAUGCUCUGCCUGUUUGGUACAUGCUACGGUUUGCUCGAGCCGAGUGGUUUUCUCCACUUCCAGGUCUACCUUCCCCGAUAAAAGUCUUCUUGGAGCAACAAUUCACAGUAUCAUACGAUUUUUGCAUUAGGGGUACUAGCACGCCUCGAUCUCCAUGUCCUCUUGGCUCCUGAGCCUUGCUGCUGGACAACUUACUCAGUGCGAUAGUAGAGCAACAAGUAAGAUUCAUCAUUCAACAAGUACCAGUACUUAUUAUAAUUAUAUUCUAAACGUCUACAAGACUCU